AUGAAAACUGACAAAUUUUGGAAGGUGAGACCUUUUAUGAAUCGCAUACUCAAUGGCUGCUGCCUUCAAGCUGCCAUUGAGUAUGUCUCAAUCGAUGAACAGAUGAUCCCGUUAACUGGAGCCUGUCAAUUCCGACAGUAUGUGCCACUAAAGCCCAAUCCAGUGAGCAUUAAGAUCUUUGUGCUGGCAUCAGCAGAUGUAAUCGUGCUGGACUUUGAAACCUAUCAAGGUGCAAAGACACUGGGUCUGCAGGUUCCAGACUCAGAAGGAUUGGGUUUAGUAGCCUUGGUCAUCAAACGUCUGUCUGAAACCCUGCAUGCUGGAACAAAGUGUGUUGUGAUUGGUUCUUUACAACCAUACAAGCUGUGGAUCACAUGCUGA